CGGGGGCCCGGCGGACCCCGACGGCGCGGAGCGCGUCGCCGCGACGCCACCGACGCCUCGGACUCGGUGGGCGAACGGCCCCUUUCUCGCGGGGAGCAGGCCCGCCACGAGCGAGGCGGUGCUCCGCGGCGGGCUCGGCUCCGCGCCGUCGCCGCUGGGGGGCAGGCGGCCUUUCACGACCGAGGACGGGCAGCUGAACGCAUCUCCCUGGGGCCCCUGGUCUCCAGACUGCAACCUAGCCGACAUGACGGUCUCGAGCUCCCGCAGCGACGGCGGCGCUCCCGCCCAGAGGCACGGCAGCGCCCCGCCGCGGAGCCCAGGGACCUGCCGCAAGUGGUCCUCCCGCUGGGCGCUGCAGAACUCCCGGCCCCUGCGCUACCGCUUCCCGCGCGCCCACCGGCCCUGCCCGCCGCAGGCGGCCUCGGAGGCGCUCGCGGGCGAGGCAGCGGCCGCCACUGGCGAGCCGGCGCCGCCAGUGCUCGUCGGGGAGGAGCGGCCCGGCCACUUCCCGCCCGGGCCGGCGGCGGAGCCCGAAGCGGGCUUCGAGGGCAGCCCCGCCGCCGACUGCCAGGACCUCCCGCAAGCUACGAGGACUGAGGACCUCUCGCAAGCUACGAGGACUGAGGACCGCAAGCUACGAGGACUGAGGACCGCAAGCUACGAGGACUGA